AUGCAGCCACUCACGUCAAUACCCACCGAUGCCACGCUCUUAGAGGAGGUUGGAGCCUUCCUCGACGUGAAUGAACUGUCGACGAUAACCCCUACACCUUUCGAUCCUGUGCAAGUGUUCAACACUGGAGUAUUCCCAAGUCCUGAAGCGAUUGAGUUCCUAACAACAGCCGACUCCCCACUAAGCUACAGUUUUCACGAUGAGAUAGACAACGGAGACGUCGCACAGAGCGAUAAGCUUCGGCGGCAGAAGGAGGCCUUACGGCGUCGAAAACAGCGACAGCGACGCAAGGAUGAGCGUGACAGUCUACAGAGAGAGGGACUCGAGUUGACAAUGCAGCUGCAAAGACUGAAGCAAGCGAUCGAGAGCAAUGCCGGAACCAACCGUGCGAGUGUCCAGCUCUCUAACUAUUACUGGAGAGACUGUGCAGCUAGAGAGUGUAUAGAGCGACUUGCAGCGGAGACGGAACAGAAGCGUCUCGUAGCUGCCACGAAUGUACAAGCCACGUACAUCGAGAACCUGACCAAAUUACUACAGCGGCGAGGUGCUACUAGUCCGCGAGAGAGUUGGGUCCCUGGAAUCAGCGAUUGUAAGCGCCUCCGGGUUGAGACUUCUGAUGACGCCGUGUUUACGGCACUUAUCAUGGAGGUUGACGACAAUUACGCCCACAUUGAUGCGUUGCUACGGGAAUGUCGUAUGGGCGAGUUGUCUAUGGGAAUCACGAACUCUGUCCAUCAGAAUAAAGAGAACAACGAAGUCGAGUAUCUCCAGCACGUCAACAAGGCGAUGCAGCCAUUCGACUUCGAAAGCACGUACAACUCGGCUUGGAGUGUGGCUGGUCAUCCUCAUCGACAACUUGAUCGUGAGGUCUACGCAGGUGCAACAGGAUUGGAUAACACCAUCGCUGUUAAGUUCCGUAUUGAGCGGACGUUGGCCACAGGCACCAAGGUGUCCAUGAAGCAGUGGUUAGUUGUUCGACGAUUUAUUGAAGCAGACCGAGUGAUUCACAUCUGGAAAAUCUAUUCGGAAGGUGAAGGAAAUCUACGCGGCAUACAUUCGGACGAGACUGGAUGGGCUAGGCUGCGACCGACGUCGGAUGGUUUCGGCACAUGGACUGAAGUCGUUGUGCGCCAAAUACCUGUACUCUUCAGCGUAUUCAAGCCUGGCAAUUCUGUCGUCAACGAGUUCCGUGAAAUGCUGCAAGAUAAAGUUGACGAAGAUGAGGAAGCACUCACAGGCGCCUUGGAAUGCUUGCUGCUCGAAGACACUUUGGCGAUUCUCGAUGAGUAGGCAUCUGCGAUAAGAACUUAAAAAAAAGAUAAUGCAAACAACAAGGAACUG